AGAGAGAGAGAGAGAUAUUAAUAUUUAUUUUUCUAGAAUUAAAAAUUUAAAAAUGAUAAAAAAGAACUCGAUAAAAGUAGUAAAAGUAGUAAAUGUUAUCUUUUAGUCUGGCGCACUUUGUACUUAUCGAAAAAUAAUACAUUACCUCCUUUGUACUCUGCUCCAUAGACUGAACAUAAAUGAUAACAAUUUGCCUAAUAAAGUCUUAUCUAACGUAGUAGAUUCUUAUCGCAAAAACAGAUUCACAUUUCAUUAAUCGCGUAUACGAAUAAAUCUUUUUACAAUACAUAUAAUACUCAUGAAACUAAAAAAAAUUAUAUUUAAAUAAAAAUAUUAAUUGUGUGGAUUUUUUGUUCUAACAAUCAAUUCUUUUCAUUAUGUUAUUCCGACAAAAAUUUCAUAAAAUAAGUGUACAUAUAAUUUGUAGAAAGAGCGCGUUUAAUAAAUGAAGAUGUUCUUUGUUAUCACUCAUCAUUAAACUAAUUUAAUAAAAUCAUAAUAAAAUAAUAAAAUUUUCAUUAAUUUGUCAAAAUCGGCAAUACAUUGAAACUGAGUACAGAAUGAAGAUCGAUACAUAUCGAAUACACGUGUUGAGAAAUCGGUAAAUUUAAUAUUAAGAUAAAUCAUUACUCAUCGGAAAAGCCGACAUCUCCGAUAUUCAUCAAAAUGGGUAUUGUCCAAGCGCUUAUCAAUAAACGCGACGAGUUUUUCGUAACCCCGAUUAGUUUGCAAGAACCGUCGUGCGUUCCCUGUUUCGAGGAGGUGGACAGGAAGCCCGGCAAUCCCAGUAACUUUGAAGAUCUUCAUGCAAAAACCAAGGCGCUCUACCCGCAGAAUUUCGAAGGCGCGUAUUUGUUGAUGAAGAAAACUCUGAGCAAGCACUUCAACGUGACUUACAGAUUGACUCUGAGCUCCGUGACGCCGUAUGGCCUCAAGUUCGGCGUGAAUUACAUCGGCACCAAGAGGGUAGGACUCACGGAGAAGUACCCGGUGAUCUCGGGCGAAGUCACGCCCAGCGGUAACAUGAGCGCCAGCUUCGUGCACACGCUUGGUUGUAGAUACAGAUUCAAGCUCGCCACGCAGAUUGACGACAAAAAGUACAAGACGUUUAGUUCCGGUCUAGAGUAUCGGUCGGACGACUGCACAGUGGCGCUUACCCUGGCGAAUCCUGAUCUCAUGAGACUGCACGGCACACUGGUGUUGCACUAUCUGCAGGCGAUCACGCCGAGGAUCACCCUUGGCACGGAGAUCGCGUGUCUACGCGGCUCUCUGAUACCUGGCGGCCAGCAGACGUUGAUGUGCGCCGCGUUCCGGCACAGCACCGGUCCAACUACACUGUCCGCUACCCUCGGCGAGGCCGGCAUCCACGUUUGCUAUCACCGGAAAGCAAGCGACCAGCUGCAGCUCGGUGUCGAGAUCGAGAUGAACACGCGGAUACACGAAUCCGUAGGCACGAUCGUGUACCGCGUCGAUAUCCCGUACGCGGACUUUGUCUGUCGGGGAUUCGUCAACUCGGAGACCAGUAUAGGCGCCGUGUUCGAGAAGAGGUUGCCCCCGAUCCCCGGGGCCUCAUUAAUCAUAAGCGGCUUCUUGAAUCACAAGAAGCAGCAAUUCCGCGUUGGCGUCGGCCUAAACGUCGGUUAACAAUGUUUCUUAAUUUGUAAUCGA